AUUUUUGACGUAGAAUAGGAGAAUUCAAAACACAAGCGCGGAAUUAUAGGGCUCGGAAAGCAGAAUAAAUAAAGGAAUUUAAGAUGCCGAAGAAAAGAGCAACACGAAUGCAGGGCGCAAAGUCCAAACCAAAGGUCCAAUUAGACAGGGUUGGUGAAGAUCUAUCAGAGGAGGAAAAAGGCAAAAAACUUGAUGUGUAUUUGCAAGAUUUAAAAAUCAGAGUUAGUGAACAGAACAGAAAAUUAGCCAAAGAUUUGGAGAAUAUGCUGAGUUUGAUAGACAAGAAGUUUUUGUGGGACCUAUCCCGCUUGCCAAUUGCUGUCAGAAAGAUGACCCUUGAAGAGUUUAUAAGCUGUGGUGGAACUGUUGAUUUAGCGGAGAAACACUUGGAUAUACAAGAGGAUAACAUGAGUUCUUUAACACUAUCAGCUAUGAAAAUUGGUAAAUUGUCCCAUCUACAACCACACAUAUUUGAAACAAUCUCUGAGGAGGAGGGUGCAACACCUAGUUGCACAUUUACACAGCCAAGGACAGCUGCAAGAAGAGGAAGACCAGCAAUGAAUACACCUAUGUCACAUAUGAUGAAAACCCCUGCCAUGGGUAGGAGUAUGUCUGCCACAGGCUGGGAGACACCUCUUGUUACUCCCAAGUUUGACCCACGGUUGCCAAUGACAGGAAACAUGAAGCGGGCAGCCAAACCAGGAGAAAUUAUCAUGUCAAUGGGCGGUAGUCCUAUCCAGAACCCCACACGCCUCGGAGGCAAAGGAAAUAUUAGGAAACGAGGAAAGACGUUGACAGUAGACGUGGACCCGGAAUGUGAAUUAGAAAACUUAGUGAUACCGGACAACAUACCCAAAGCUCAACUCUCACAGUUAGUGGGAGUUCUACAAGACUUUAUCAAAAAAGCAAAGAACUGAAAUACAAUCUUUCCCUAGGAUUGGAAAAUAUCCUAAAUGUGUACUUAAACAAAGAGGAGACCGAUGUACAGGGGUAAUUAGCUUGUUCACUGUGGAGGAGCUAAAAGACAUUGACAGAUCCCAUUAGAUAUCUAAGGUGGAAACCCAGAAUGGAUUUCAUAGAGAUGCCGAUAUAUUUGUACAUUAGGAUGUGAGACAUAUCUCUAGUACAUCAGUUCAUUAAAAGUGUCCAACAUUGCUCUGGUUGAGCUGUGGUGACCAAUGUUUUGCACACUUGUAGAGUCUGACAUUAAUCGGGUAUAACUGCUAUGUUCAAUGUUUUGCACACUAGUAGAGUCUGACAUUAAUCGGGUAUAACUGCUGUGUUCAAUGUUUUUGCACACAAGUAGAGUCUGACAUUAAUCGGGUAGAACUGCUAUGUUCAAUGUUUUGUUAAUUUUUGUGUCUUAAACAUUGAUCCAUUGACGAAUAUCCUUGAUAUUUGGAUAUGAUAUCAUGUUUGGAUAGGAAUAAGUGAUUAGCGCCUCAACACAUAUACCCUGUUAGAUCCUGGUCUCAGCGUGUUGUUAUGUAGGAAAUACAUCCCAAAAUGGUUUCCACACUAAUUUUAAGUAAGCUACAUUAUGAAAAUUCUCAGACAGUGUGUGCAAAACGACAGCAGAUUGUGUCAGUGGUGCAGAUCAAUGAUCCCAGACUACCAAACGAUAGACAUUACUACAACUCUGACUGGUAGUGUUGGUGUGAAGGAUACAAAAGGGCUAUAUAUUUGAUAAUUGUCCUUUCAGACCCAUUUUCUCUCUAAAACCAAAAGAAGUUUACAACGGCUCACAUAAUAAAAAUUUUUGAGAUUGUAGGUAAAAUUCAAUUCUAUAAAAAAAUGAUUGAAAAAUUUAGAAUUGGUGAACGUAGCAAUCUGUAUUGAUAAAGCUAAAAGGAGUUUAAUAUCAGCUUGAAUUGGUUUUACUGAAAGCAGAAAGCAGGAUAAUUAUCAUAUUUGUUUAAGUCAUUGUGGCAUCACUAAAUAAAUUGUUAGUCAAUUCUGAUUUAUCUAUUUUGCACUGAUUGAAAUUUUUACAUACAGAAUUUUAUUCUCUUAGGAGGACAUUUUUUCUGGGGCUGAAUUACACAUUACUAUGUAUUCCGUCUUUUCGUAUUGCAGAGUUAUCUUCUCUUGUGAUCAGGUAUUGAUU